AUGGGUAAUAUCCGCCAAACAAAGAAGAAUCGCUCCACUGCGCCCAGGCAGAAACCCAAGCGGUCUGGCGUACUCAAAAACGGAAAGAAGAAGAUCAAUGUUCUGGGCAAUGCUAUUAUCGCAGAAAAUUGGGAUCGCAAGUCGACUCUCACACAAAACUAUCGCCGUCUGGGUCUUGUCCAUCGACUCAACGCACCAGCUGGAGGAUCCGAGAGGCGCAAGACUGAGAAUGGCUUAGAAGAGGAGGUCACAGACUCGCUACACAUCAAGGGCAGUGUGGAUGCCCAGAAAAACAACGCUGUGAGCGAGUUGAAGGUGGAGCGUGAUCCUGAAACCGGCAAGAUUCUUCGGGUUAUCCGCAAGGAGGACGACCAGGUCGAGAUCGGGGGACGCAAAGUCCGCCGCUCAAACCCACUUAAUGAUCCACUGGACGAUCUGUCCGACGAUGAAGAAGAUCUGACGCCGCAAGAGAAGAAGUCGGCAAGCAAGAUUGUGCAGCAGCUUGAAAGGCAAGCCGACACCGAGGGACAAGCCCCCAAGAAGCCGCGCCACCAAAGCAAACGGGAGGAAGAAUGGAUCACGAGAUUGGUUGAGCGAUACGGUGAUGACUACCAGGCUAUGGCUCGGGACAGGAAACUCAACCCAAUGCAGCAGAAUGCAGGUGAUUUACGACGGAGGAUCAGCAAGUGCAAGGCGACUAAAGCUUGA